UUGGAUUACAAUGGAUUGGUAAACACAGACGGCCAAGAUUCAUUACUCCUUUAAUAAAGGCAAAAAAGGUUAGGAAUCUUGAAACUGAAGCUGAAAAUCAAUAUUGGCUAAGUUGUCCAUAUAUGACAAAAAAGCAGGCGUAUCGCCAUGAUGACAAAAAAUGUACUUGCAUUAAGGCGGUAAAGAAUGCUGAAGAGAGAGCCAAGUUUCCUGAUCAUGGGUAUGCUUCAGAAUAUCUGAAACACCUUCACGUGACCAAGAAAUGGGCAGAUGAAUACCUG